CUCUGCUUGUAAAAAUCAAAAGUCGCAUCCAGUAUGUGAUGUGGGCAAUUCAUAAAGAACAAGAAGGGUCCCAUUUCUCAGUUCUGUGAAGUUGACUGCACAUCCCUGCAGCAGUGACAUCCACUGCCAUCUCUCGCGUGUUGACACCGGAGAUAUCUCUCAAUUCCAAAGGAAGCAGCAGACGUUUAUGGGAUGCAGAAAGGAGAGCAAAGUUCAACAUCCUUGAGUAGAAAACUUUUUCAUCAUCUGACCUAGUUUCGUUUCACACCAGUGGAUGACUGGGCUAAAUGCCCAGGACCGGCCCAGAGCGGAAGAACCAGCACCAGGUCCGACAGGCCAAGUGCAUCGCCGCUCGCAGCAGGUCACGGAGAGCAGCUUGUCCCAGGAAUCCUCGGUCCCACGAGAAGUUCCCUUCCCAUCAUCCCAUCAUGUCCGACUGCGAGGGAUUGCCGAUGGAUGACAGCGCCUCGGCAGCCAGCAGCAUGGAGGUCACUGACCGCAUCGCCUCGCUGGAGCAGCGCGUGCAGAUGCAGGAGGACGAGAUCCAGCUGCUGAAGUCGGCGCUGGCUGACGUGGUGCGGAGGCUCAACGUCUCUGAGGAGCAGCAAGCCAUGGUCAACAGGAAGGGACCCACCAAAGCCAGGCCCCUGAUACCGGCUUUACCCCUGCGGCCCACGGUCAACAACGGCACAGUCCUACCAAAGAAACCCAGCACAUUGCCGUCCCCCUCAAACUCUCGGAAGGAUGCUGCAGCACCAGCAACCAAGAGUCUGUCCAGCUCACCCCAACUCUUCCGAGUGGCUCUCAGCACUGUGAAGAGAACCAGCUCCACCGAGCGCAUGGGCACCUUGACACGCAAGGAGAGCACCGGCGAUGCCAAGAGCAGCCGCACGCGCGCCGGCUCCACAGGCAGCAACUCCAGCGGCAAGCGGACCAGCGAGAGCAAACCGAAGGAGCCCGUGUUCAGCGCAGGGAUGCGGCGAGUGACGCACUGCACAGAGGAAGGCUAUGUGAAAAUGUAUCUGAAGGGCCGCCCCGUCACCAUGUACAUGCCCAAAGACCAGGUGGAAACCUACUGCCUGGAGACAAAGUCAGAGCUUCCAUCGAAGAAGCUGAAAUUGGAUUGGGUCUAUGGGUACCGUGGGCGUGACUGCCGCUCCAACCUCUACCUGCUGCCCACGGGAGAGACGGUCUACUUCAUCGCCUCAGUGGUGGUGCUCUACAAUGUGGACGAGCAGCUCCAGCGCCAUUACACUGGUCACACCGAUGACGUCAAGUGCCUGGCCGUCCACCCUGACAAAAUCACCAUAGCGACAGGGCAAGUGGCUGGCACCUCCGCCGAUGGCAAACAGUUGCCCCCCCACGUGCGGGUGUGGGAUUCGGUGAGCCUGAACACGCUCCACGUCCUUGGCUCCGGCUUCUUCGACCGCGCCCUGGCCUGCCUCUCCUUCUCCAAGUCGAACGGGGGUGGUUCACUCUGCGUGGUCGACGACUCCAACGACCACGUCCUCUCCGUGUGGGACUGGCAGAGAGAGGAGAAGCUGGCUGAUGUCAAGUGUUCAAAUGAGCCAGUCUUCGGGGUCGACUUCCACCCCACUGACACCAACAUAAUCGUCACCUGGGGGAAGUCCCACCUCUACUUCUGGACACUAGAGGGCAGCUCUCUUGUGAAGAAGCAGGGCCUCUUCGAGAAACAAGAGAAGCCCAAGUUUGUCUUGUGUGUGACUUUUUCAGAAAAUGGUGACACACUAACGGGAGACUCCAGUGGAAAUAUUCUUGUCUGGGGCAAAGGUACUAACCGCAUCAGCUACGCCAUCCAGGGCGCCCACGAGGGCGGGAUCUUCGCCCUCUGCAUGCUGCGCAAUGGCACGCUGGUGUCAGGAGGGGGGAAAGACCGGAAGCUCAUCUCCUGGGAUGGAAACUACCAGAAAGUCCAGGUGGUGGAGAUUCCAGAGCCAUACGGCCCAGUGCGUACAGUGGCCGAGGGAAAAGGGGACAGCGUGCUUGUUGGAACCACGCGGAACUACGUCCUGCGGGGCACGCUGGCCGGCGACUUCACGCCCAUCACCCAGGGCCACACGGAUGAGCUUUGGGGCUUGGCUGUGCAUCCCUCAGAACCGCAGUUUCUCACCGGUGGCCACGACAAGCACGUCAGCCUGUGGAACUCCUCCACCCACCAGCCAUUGUGGACCAAGACGAUGGAGGAUGCAGCCCAGUCUGCCGGUUUCCACCCCUCCGGAGAGGUGGUUGCCAUAGGAACGCAGACCGGCAGAUGGCUAGUCCUGGACACCGAGACGAAGGACCUGGUGACGGUGCAUACAGACGGGAACGAGCAGCUGUCUGUCAUGCGAUAUAGCCCAGAUGGCAAUUUCCUCGCAAUCGGAUCCCACGACAACUACAUCUACAUCUAUGCGGUGACAGAGAACGGCAGGAAGUACAGCCGCGUAGGGAAGUGCUCAGGUCACUCAAGCUUCAUUACCCACCUGGACUGGUCGGUGGACUCACAGUAUCUCAUGUCCAACUCAGGGGACUACGAAAUACUUUACUGGAUCCCUUCGGUCUGCAAGCAGGUGGUCAGCGUGGAAACCACCCGGGACAUCUUCUGGGCCACCUGCACCUGCACGCUGAGCUUCCAUGUGUUUGGACUCUGGCCAGAGGGCUCAGAUGGAACAGACAUCAAUGCUGUUUGCAGAUCCAAUGAGAAGAAGCUGCUUGUCACUGGAGAUGACUUUGGGAAGGUGCAUCUCUUCUCGUACCCUUGCUCACAAUUCCGGGCACCCAGUCAUGUCUACGGUGGACAUAGCAGUCAUGUGACCAACGUGAACUUCCUGUUUGACGACAGUUACCUAAUCUCCACUGGAGGGAAGGACAUGAGCAUCAUGCAGUGGCGGGUGGUAUAAAAGGACUCCCCGGGCACGUGGCGAGCGUGUCUGCUCUGGACCGAGCGUGGGUGGGGCUGUCCCAGAGUUCCAAAGAUGAGAGCAAAGAAAUGACACAGCAACGGCCCAUGGGUGACAGAACCGGCUGCAGCGCCCUCUUGUGUUUUGUAGUAUUUUAUUAUAUUAUAUUUGUAUUUCACUGCUCAGGAAAACUAAAGAACCGUGAUAUUUGAAAUUGCCGCAGCUUCUUAUGCCUCACAAAAGUGACACCAUCUGGCCUCCGAAUUCCUUUCUGCUUUGGAAAUGCAAGCAAAAUCUUUUUUACAGACUAAUUUGCAUGGAUUUUGACCACCAAGAAUUCAUAAAAAAUAUUACGUAUUUAUGGUAAUGGAGUCCUAACUCACAGUCUGUUCUGAAUUCAGCUGUCACAAUAAUGCCUUUCAGAGACUGUAAACUCUUAUUACAUUCUCUGUGCUAUUUACAAUUCAGAGGUUAGUAUAGUUCCUCCUGCUUAUACGUGGCUUCAGCUGCAAUUCUACUGCCACCCUCUGAUCAACUGAGGAACUGCACUGCUCUGCCUCAACCGAGUCAACUGUGCUGUUUCGUAGUUUAAUACCCCUUCUCCCUCUUUUUUUAGUCCCUUUUUUAAACACACUUAUAAUGCUAAUCUCUUAAAUGUGGAAUAAGAAAUGUAAACUUGGAGCCAGUGCACGUGACCCGCUGCCUUUCACUUUAUGUCGGACGUUGUAUUUCACCGACUCCUUUAAACCAAGAGUAAAAGUGCAGUUAGUUUCAUUACCGGUUGCACUUACCUACAUCUGAAGGAUAAUGUUUUCAGUUUCUGAAAAUUUGAAUGCUGUAAUUUACAUUAUACAUUUCCUAAACAGUAAUCCGGUCUCUGAAUAAGUAAGCAGCACAUUAUACCCCAUAUAUCAUAACAGGAAAUUGCAUGCAGUUCACAAGGCUCCUUGCGGUUUGGUAUUUUUAUGGAUGUGAGAAAAACCUUAAAAAAUAAGCAUUUUUCAUAUCUGUCGCCACUUAGGUUUGGUACAUAUUAACAACAUGGGGCAGGCCCACAUGUCUUAAUAAAGGCAAAUCUUAUAAUGGCUA